CUUAUCUCUAUCUCUAUCUCGGACCCGCGUUGUGAGCAGCGCAAAAAUGGAAAAGUGUCACGAACCAACAGAAGUGCUACGAUCUUCGGCAUCAUGAUCGUGAAAUGACGUAUAAAAGAUUAUCUCAAGCGAAGAGUAGGAGCAAGACCGAGUGACAGAGACAGUGUGAUGAGCGGAUACCUCGGUAGCAUCACCCUGCCCCCGACGUUGCUGCACGACCCGAAGUAUCCUCCAGCCAUGCGGGAGAAGGACUCGAGUCCAAGGAAGAUGCCGGGCCACAUAAGCCCAAAGCAAGCCAGCAUUUAUCCCCUGAGCGUCCGCGUGCCGGAUGUCGAGGAGCUGCCGUACGACCUAAGUCAUGGUCACGGUCGUGGCCUGUUGAGCCCGACAAAUCAGCAACAGCCGCAUAUGAGUCCCGCGGCCAGACCACCCCAGUCGCAUCACCAGAAUGAUCUCGACUGCGAGCCGCUCGAUCUCCGCGUCGAUCACAAGAAGGAACGCCUCAGGGACGAGAAUCAGAACGAGAUCGAGGUGUUAAACCAGAACAGUCCGGGCGGUAGUCUGCCCUAUCACACGGUGCUCUUCCCUCAGCAUCAUGCGGUACACCCGUUGGUCCUGGAAGCAAUGUACAGAUCGCAUCAUCAUAGCUCGUCGGUGCCCGAUCUGCCAAAGAUCCAGGUCAGAGCGCUACCUACGAUGGUACCUCUGCCGCCCAACAGAUUCUCGUCGUCCACCACCUCUUCCCCUUCCUCCUCGCAAUUGACGGCAAGAGCCGUCAGUCCGGCAGGCGGUCAACAUCAGCAACAGCAUCAACAGCAAAGUAAUACCACGCAGCAGCAACAACAGCAACAGCACCAACAACAGCAGCAGCAGCAACAACAACAGAGCUCCAGUCUGUCACCCUACUCGAUCAGCAUGCAAGCCGGUCUCAAGCCCAAGGACAGAUACUCGUGCAAAUUCUGCGGCAAAGUCUUUCCAAGAUCGGCGAAUUUAACGAGACACCUGAGAACGCACACUGGCGAACAGCCGUACAAGUGCAAGUACUGCGAGAGGAGUUUCAGCAUUUCGAGUAACCUCCAACGUCAUGUCAGGAACAUCCACAACAAGGAGAAACCCUUCAAGUGUCCGCUCUGCGAGAGAUGCUUCGGUCAGCAGACUAAUCUGGACCGGCAUUUGAAGAAGCACGACGCGGAUGGCCCUACGAUACUGGAUGAGGUCAGAUCGAGGUACCACGGUCAGCUUCCCAGGACCGACGAUUCCUAUUUCGAGGAGAUCCGCAGUUUCAUGGGGAAGAUCACCUCACAACGACAGGCCAUACCGUACUUCCCCGGUCUGUUGGGCCACGCUACUGACGACUUUAAGAACGACAAGCAGCAACUCCAACUGGAGGAAAAGCGAGGAGACUCAUCGUACUUUAGCGACAGGGACAAUCUCAGCUCGAGGUCCAGUAGCACGACCAGCAGGCCAGAGAGCGUCCAGGAGGAACAAAGGGACGCGAACUCGCCGCCACUUUCGCCCGGCAAUAACACCUGAGUCUUGAUAAUCCGAUUAUCAAAUGCGACUAGUUCACUUAAAAAAUGUCUCUCAUUGAUUCGCGGUUGCAGCUCAGAACAAGAGUGAAUUCGAGCCGUCGGAAUAAGAGCGAAAGUCUUGGAGAGGUUGCAUUUCACUUUCAAUCACGCGAGAUUCGAUUCUACUAAGAACUGCUACGCCCUCGCGGUGACUCUAGAUUAAUCCAAAACUACAGUACACGAAAUAAAUUUUCAUAAACAUUCUUACGAACCGAAAAAUAUGAAGAUGGAAUUUGAAGACAAACAAGAAUGAAGGUAAAUCCUAUUUGAAAAAUCGGCGAUGAAUCUUUUGUUCAAAAUGGUGAAUGUCAUUAGCCGAAUCAGUUUUUUAUAGCAAAUUUUGAUAAUGACAAAUUUUAAAAUAUAUAAAUAUGCACUUUCUUCGCCGAAUAUCACAACUAAACGAUUUAAACGUAAAUUCAAAGUCUGCUAAGAGAAGAAUUAGAAUAUGGUGCCUUAAAGAAACAUGUGCCUAACUUGUAGGACAUAUAGUCCUCGAUCCUAAAGAAUGCAGUCCAACCGGAUCAAUAUAAAGAAUCUUAAUAAUAAAGUUAGUUAAAUGAAUAAUUAAAAUUAUGCUAAAUAAUAUUGUACUAUAAGUAAUUUUAGACCUAAACGCGUGCUUGAGCGAGCCAGAAAGUCAUAGAGAGAUAGAUG